GAGUCCUAGCGAACGCACAGUCGUUUCUCGACGCUCGUACAGUGAACGUGUCCUCUUGACCGCACGUGACCAUCCCUUUUCUUGUGCCUUUAUUAGCCUCUACCUCUACCUCUCUCUCUCUCUUUCUCUUUCUCUUUCUCUCUUUCUCACACACCCGCCCCUAGAAACUCUCUUCCUUCUUCUUCUUCUUCUUCUUCUUCUUCUUCUUUCUUUUUUAUUUUCUUCUCUUUCUUCCUUUUAUUUUUUUCUUUUUCCUCCACAUCUUAUCUAUUCUCCUAUUUCUUCCUCUCCCUCCCUACCUGCCCGUCCUAUAUUUGUACAGAUAUAUAUUCGGUUAAAAAAAGAAAGGAAAGAAAGAAAGAAAUACUUUGUAAAAUUAUUGGUGUUACGAGUAAACGCGCGUUGGUUUUUUUUUUUUUCUUCUUUUUCUUUUCUUUUCUUUUCUUUUUUUUUCGAGCUCUCAGAAAAAGUUCGUUUCGAAAGGGAAGGGGGAAAAAAAAAUUCCUAUAAUCAAUCAGGACGUUCUCUUCUUCUGCAAGAAAAAGGGUGGAAGAAGAAGAAGAGGAGGAGAAGGAGGAGGAGGAGGAAAUGGUGGUGAAGGAGGAGGGACGCAAAAUUAUAUUUACUAAUUUAACGAGAACCAAGAAGAAGAUGGGGAUGUUUUCUUUUGGGAUCCAACGUCGAUCAAAAAUCGUAAUUCCAAAAAUCAGAAUCAUGCUAGGCAAUUGCAGGAACAAUUGGCCCAAGCCACCAUGAAAAUACGUGAAUUAGAAGUUGAACUUAAACGAACACAAAAGGUAAACAAUGGAAGUAUUAUGGACGAACUUCCGGAUGGCCAUCAAAAGGCAGAAUAUUUACGUGCUAAACAAGAUAUGGUGAAUAGAAUCGUACGAAUGGAAGAGAAGAACCGUGAAGUCGAAAGGAACGUCAAACGAAUGCAGGAAGACGAAAUAGCCUUGGUAAAUGAUUUUUAUACGGUAAUAUCGAAAUUGGAUUAUCAGGAAAAGGUCAAACUGAUUCGAGAAGCUCUGAGAAAUUUGGAAAAUGAUAAACAAAAGUCUUCUUUAAUCGGCAAAAAAGAAAAGUCUGAUACCGAUGAGAAGUUCGAUAAAACUAAUGAAAAUAAUGAAUCUGAAAAUUUCAAAUCAGAUAUACAGGAUGGUUCUUCGUUGAGUAAUAGGGAAGCUGAAUUGUCUAGGAAAAUUCUUGAAUUGCAGGAUGAAAAUAAGAAUCUUAAUAUAGGUAUCGAGGAACUUGAUAGGCAACACACGGAAUCAAUUGAAAAAUUAUUAUCUUUGAAGGAGGAUAUCGAGAAGAAACAUCAAUGCCUUCAAAAUGCCUACGAACAACUUUAUGUUGAUUAUAAUCAGGCAGAAGGUAAAGUUUUAGAAUUACAGACUAAACUUAGUUCAAUGGAGGAGACAAAUAAGAGUCCUCAUAAAAAAGGAUCAUUGAAAAGCGAAGAGAAAAAUGUUCAAACUGAGGAAUAUGAAAGUAUCAAAAAUAAUGGAAGAAAAGAUGAUGAUAAUGAUAAUGAUAUUAAUGAUAAUUCAUUGUACGAAUUGGAACAAAGGGUAAAGGAAAUUUUGAAAAAUUCAUGCGUAGAAACGAGUGAAUCUAAAGAGUCAAUUUUUGAGAUUGUCGCGAAACGAUACGUCGAGACAAACUGGAAGAAGGACGUUUUAGAAAGGAAGGUAACCGAGAUUACGCGAAAUCUAAAGGAGACGACGGAAAUGAGGGAUAAUUUGCAACUUGAAUGCGACGACAUGCAGGCUCACAUAGAUUCGUUGCUGUUAAAUAUUCAACAUUUGAAAUUGAAUCUACCAUCUAUUCCUGAAGCUAGCGAGGAACGUGUUGCCUCAUUGGAAACUGAAACGGAAUCCUUACAGGAGGAAGUUAAACGAUUAAGGGAAGAAAAUGAUACAUUGAGAAAGAGAUCAAAUAUUACUGAUUUGAUAUCAAUGAAAUUGGAAAAUGGUGAGAUCAAUUUAGAAGAGAAUUUUAUUGACAAUGAGAAUGUCGUUGAAAUUGUACAUUCUGAUGUUAGAAGGCGAGAGGAAGAUUCUGUGGAAGAUUUAAAACGUAAACUGUUAGAGUUUUCCAAUGAGACCAGCGAAUUGAGAAUGUCUUUGGAAAAAUAUAAGGAAACCAUUGAAGAGCUUAGAUUAGGUAAAGAGAAUAUAGCUCACGAAUUGAAAGCUUCAGUCUGUAGUAUGGAGGAAUUGGAAAGGGAAUUGAAAGUUACAUUGGACGUUAAGAAUGAGCUCGAACGUGAAAAUGGCGAUUUGAUUAAAGAAAAUGAAGUGUAUAGAGCAGAUUUGGCUAGGUUUAAAGAAACCGCUGAUGAUUCAAAGAAAGAAGAGAAUAAUCUAUUGGAACAAUUACGUGAAAAAUUGGACAUGGUAAAUAUCGAGAGAAAUGAUUUGGAAUAUGAUUUACUUAAUAUGAGAAAAGAACUUGACAAUGCUUUGCACGAGGCAGAUGUAAAACAAGAAUUGAUAAUGCAAUUGAGCCAAGAGAAAGAAAAGUUCACGAGGGAGAAUACUACGUUGUUGGAUCAAUUGACAGCGAAUCAAGUUGAAUCCCAAGAAAAAAUUGAACUGUUGAACACUGAAAGAUCUUUGCUCGAAGAGGAACAAUCGGAACUUCGAUUGGAAUUAGUUACGUGCAAAGAAAAAAUUCAACAACUUGCAAAUAACGAAGAUAAAUAUGCUAUGAUAAAUUAUGAAUUUGAUAUUGCCAGAAAGAAGAUAAAUGAACUUUUAUCGGAGAAUAAUGUACUUUAUGGGCAAUUGGAUAAAAUUCAUGAACUUGAAAAAGAAUUGAAUGAGAAGAAAGCUGCUGAAAAUGAAUUGCAUUUGUUAAAAAAUAAAUUUAUAGAAACUGAAGCUGAAUUAAAUAAUUUACGUUUAAAAGAGAAGGAAAUUGCUGCGAAGGAAUUAAAUUUAUUACAGAGUAAAUUUAUUGAAACUGAGACAGAAUUAAAUAACUUACGUUUAAAGGAAAAGGAAAUGGCUCAGGUACAAGGUGAUUAUAACGAGAUCGUAAUUUUGAGAGAGACGAUAACAGAUUUAAAUAAUAAAAUCUGUUUGUCCGAAGAGAAAUGUAAACAAUUGGAAUCGAAUAUAUUAUCGUUGGAAUCUGAAACAAAUGAAAAGAUUUUGUCAAAAGAAAAUUCCUUUGAAAAUGAAAGGCAUAAGUUAACAAAUAAUUUGGAAGAAAAAAAUUUGGAAAAUGAAGGAUUAAAGGAUAUAAAUAAUAAAUUAACAAUGGAAAUAAUAGAAAUGAAAAAUCAAUUGGAAUCGACUAUUGAAGCUAAUAAAGAAAAUUCUAUUAUGGCUAAGGAAACAAUAGAAAGUUUAUCUCAUCUUAUCAAAGAGAAGGAUAAUGAAAUUGAAUCAUUGAAGUUGAACAAUCAAGCAAAUGCAGCUAAUUCGAACGAUCUUUUAACUAUACAAAAUGAAAGAGAUGAACUUGUAAAAUUAGUUCACGUUAAACACAAUGAGAGUAUACAGUAUCAUGGUGAAAUUCAACGAUUAACUCUACUCUUAAACGAGCAAGCAACUAAAGUUCAUAAUUUGUUAACUGAACAAAAUCAAAUAACUACAUUGUUGAAGGAUAAAGAUAUCGAAAUUGCGGAAACUCGAAACGAAUUACAAAUUUUACAGCAACGAUUGGAAAAUAUUAAGGACACCGAUAAUAAUAAUGAAGAAAUUUGUAGAAUUCCAGGACAUUUGACUCAAGCACAAGAAAUGGGAAUUCUUAAUGAUAAAUGUAACGCAUUGGAGGCUGCUUUGAUUCAAGAACAAUCUAAUAAUAGAAUGUUACAAAAUCAAUUUGUUGAAAGUCAAAGUAAAGAAGUUAACGCUGGUAAAGAAUUAGAAAGAUUGAGAACUCAUUUGGUAGAAAUUGAAUCCAGUUAUACGGAGGAAGCUUUAAUAGCUGAGGAGAUGCGUAAAGAAUUAGAGGGGAAAUUAUUACAAGCUGAGGAAAAACUUAAAAAUUCUUCUACCGUAUACACAUCGGCGAGCAUAAGAGCGAAUCAACAAGUUGAAACGUUGCAACAACAAAUGUCCCUUAUUAUUCAACAAAGGGAUGAUAUACAAAAUAAAUUAUCUAUGGCAGAGGAUAAAGUUUUAUCGCAAAUGACUGCUUUAACUAAUUUGCAAAUAGUUUUGGAACAAUUCCAAAGAGAAAAGGAAAGGGAUAUUAAAAGAGCUAUGGAAAAGUUACAAUUGCAACUUCAGGAGUCGCAUAAAAAACAAGAAGAAUUAUUAAACGAAAUCUCCUGUCUUAAGGAACAAUUAACAGAAGCUCAGGAGUAUUUGCAAGCUGCAUCUAGAUUAAGCGAACAGCUGGAUAAGAAAACAGAAAGAAUAGAGCAAUUAAAUCAAGAAGUUGAAAGAUUAACGGAAUUGGUAAAUACUGCUGAUCAGAGAAUAGAAGAAGCAAUGCAAAGUGGAGUAGGAAAAGUUGAUAAGAGCCUUAUGAAAAAUCUCUUGCUUGGAUAUUUGUCUUCGUCUACAGCAGACAAAUCAUCUGUUCUAAGAGUAUUUGCCACUGUAUUAGAUUUCACAGAAAAUGAUAGAGAUAAAGCUGGUCUUAACAAUGGUAUUGCAAAUAACAGCUGGUUCUCUCGUCUUAGCGGUGGAAAUGGCGCUCCUACUAAGGAUCAAGAGGCAUCGCUUUCGGCUGCUUUUGUAAGAUUUUUAGAAAGUGAAUCUAAACCAAAACCACAAUUACCUGCUUUGCCAAUAUCUUCAUCGUCCUCACCUCGUCCAACGCAUAGCAGACAGCAUUCAACGUCGUCUAAUCAUUCUACAUUGUUGCUUUCUAAUGUUACACUUCCAACAUUCCCAGAUUUUGUCCCAGCAAGAAAUACAGGAUCUAUAUUGAAAGAAGUAUUAAAGGAUAGCUGAUAUUAAAAGCAAUAAUAAAUGCAGUUAAUAUACAACACUCGAUGAAUGGCGAAACAAAGUGGUUGUAAAAAAAAAAAAAAGAAAAAAAGAAAAAAAAGAAAAAAAAAGACAAACAAAAACAAAAAAAAAAGAGAAAGAAAGAAAAGGAAAAAUAAUAUAAGCUAUAAAAAAAAAAAAAAAAAGAAAAUAUCUCCUAUCUGUUGUCGAGCCUAACUUUUUAUUCGGACAUUGAUAUUGUAUAAUAUAUUGCGCCUGAAAAAUAAUGAAUUGUCCCCCUUUAGCAUGUUCGUGCUGCAUUUAUCGGAUAGCUUGAUUAAAAUGAAUUUCUAUGAUCUAAGCAAGGAGAUACUUCGGAACGAAGAAUUUAGAAAUUUUAACGAAAGAAUUCACCAUUUACAUUGUGUGAUAUUCUUUCUAUGGAAAAGCAAUAAAAAGUAAGGAAUAUGUGUGUUCGCGAUAUUUUUACAAAGGACAUUACAAAAUUUUCCUUUAUCCUCCUACAUACACACACACACACACACACACACACACAUAAUUCUCUAAUUAAUUUUAUAUAAUUACAAUUCAAAUCAAAAAUUAAUAACUUAUUAAAAUUCUGGAAUAAUUUUCUUAAAAAUCACGCAAAAAGUUGUUUUCUCACUCAUAUACAAUAAAAACUUACUUCCUGCUUAGAUAAAAAAAAAUAAAAGAUAAAAAAAAAAAAAAAUAAAAAUAAAAAAAUAAAAAACGAGGAAAAAUGCUUGUAAACAUUGUAGAAGAAAAGGACGAAAUGAAUUUAGUCGUAUUAAUUAUUAGUAAUUUAAAAUAUCUCGAAAUAUAAUCAUGAUGAUUUACCACAAGUAAAAAAAAAGAUUUGAUCAUUGUACAUAAAGUAUAUGUAGGUUGUUGGAACUGCACAUGAAAAAAGAAAAAAAAAAAAACAAAAAACAAUAAAUAUAUUUUGUUGUCCUACUUUA